CUUGCUUCCGCCACCCCGCACCGCUUCCCCCUCCCCUCCUAAUCACCACCACCGCUCACCGGCGGUGACCUCCCCCCCUCCUCCCCCGCCUGCGCCAUGUCAUCCUCCUCCGGCGCGGCUCGCCGGGCGCGCCCCGGGCCAUGGCCCCCCGCACCGCCGCCACAGCCGCAGGCGCAGCCCCUCUCCUGGGCCAAGCGCACUGGCUUCCAGUCCCGCGUCUCCGGCGAGUCCGUCGCCAUCGUCUCCGCCUCCAGCUCGGGGCAGGUAUCGCUGCCUCGCCCCGCCGAGGCACCUUCCGAUCUGGAGUCCGGCCCACCGGCCAGGCCCAACUCCGCCCUCCCGCCCCCUCCCGCCGCCGCCGCGGCCAAUGCGGAGGCAAAGCCGCAACCGCCGCCGCCGCCGCCUCCUGCGAGGACGCGGAGGAGGGAUUCGGAUGGCGGAAGGCCGAAUGGGCAGGCGGCCGCAGCGCCGCUUCCUCAGCUGCUGGAGGAGGAGGACGACGGUGCGCCGGAGCGGCCCAAGUACGAGCUCCGUGACAGCCCCGGAGUAUUUCCAAUAGCGGUAUAUGGAUUUCAGCAUUACAUCUCCAUGCUCGGCUCAAUCAUCCUGAUCCCACUUUUGAUGGUUCCUGCAAUGGGCGGUUCACCUGAUGAUAUGGCAGCGGUGGUGUCCACGGUGUUGCUUGUCUCAGGGAUGACCACAUUGCUGCACACAUUCUGUGGGACAAGGCUGCCUCUUGUGCAGGGACCAUCCUUUGUAUAUCUUGCCCCUGCGCUUGCAAUAAUCUACUCCCCUGAAUUCUUUGGGCUCAAUCACAAUAACUUUAAGCACAUCAUGAAGCACCUGCAGGGAGCUAUCAUAAUAGGAGGUGCAUUCCAAGUGCUGUUAGGAUAUACAGGCCUAAUGUCACUAUUUCUAAGGUUGAUAAAUCCAGUUGUCAUCUCACCAACCGUCGCAGCUGUUGGACUUUCGUUUUUCAGUUAUGGGUUCACUAAAGUAGGGUCAUGUAUAGAGAUGGGCCUAUUACAAUUAUUGAUUGUUGUUAUGUUUGCACUAUACCUCCGAAAAGUAAAGUUAUUUGGCUACCGGGUGUUUUUAAUUUAUGCGGUUCCUCUUGCUCUAGGGAUCACAUGGGCUAUCGCUUUUGUUCUAACAGCAACUGGAGUUUAUAGCUACAGAGGUUGUGAUGCAAAUAUUCCUGCCUCAAACAAUGUAUCAGCCUAUUGCCGGAAGCAUGUACUGAGGAUGAAAUCUUGUCGCGUAGACACUUCACAUGCCUUGCGAUCUUCACCUUGGUUGAGAUUUCCAUAUCCGUUGCAAUGGGGCACUCCAAUUUUCAGUUGGAAAAUGGGUCUUGUGAUGUGUGUUGCAUCUGUUAUUGCAUCAGUCGAUUCAGUUGGUUCCUACCAUGCAUCUUCUUUGUUUGUGGCCACAAGACCACCAACAGCUGGGGUUGUUAGUAGGGGCAUUGGUGUUGAAGGUGUCUCCACAGUCUUAGCUGGCUUGUGGGGUACAGGAGUUGGAUCUGCAACAAUAACAGAGAAUGUACACACAAUUGCGGUUACUAAAAUGGGCAAUCGAAGGGCGGUUGGAUUUGGUGCUAUUGUACUUAUACUACUCUCUUUUGUUGGAAAAGUUGGUGCCUUCAUUGCUUCUAUUCCUGAUGUUCUAGUUGCUGCUCUUCUUUGUUUCAUGUGGGCCAUGCUAUGUGCCCUUGGCUUAUCCAAUCUUCGGUAUAGCGCCAAGGGAAGCUCCAGGAACAGUAUUGUAGUUGGGCUAGCUUUGUUUUUGUCCCUGUCAGUUCCAUCGUACUUUCAACAGUACAGAUUACAGCCUAAUUCAAACUCAUCAGUUCCAACCUACUUCCAGCCAUACAUUGUUGCAUCUCAUGGACCUAUACACACUGGAUCUAGUGGGGUAAACUAUAUUCUCAACACGUUACUGUCACUCAACAUGGUCAUUGCGUUUUUGGUUGCCCUCAUACUUGACAAUACUGUCCCUGGUGGUCGCCAAGAGCGGGGUUUGUAUGUAUGGUCAGAGGCGGAGGCGGCAAGGAGAGAAUCAGCUGUCAUGAAAGACUAUGAACUUCCUUUCAAGAUUGGACACGCAUUCAGGUGGGUGAAAUGCGUUGGCCUAUAGCACAGUUUUGGUGUGGUUUGUAGCCUUGGCCAACUGCACAAAAAAUAUUCUGCAGCUUCCAAGAAUGAAAAAUGGUUACUGUGCAAAAUCUCAGGCGAAAGAAAUGGUUAGUCACGAAUCAUGACCGACUGUUUCCCAAUGUUUUUCAACCAAGGUAUCGACUAUCGAGUGUACAUACUGAAUUGCUCUCUAGGUUAGUUGUCUUGUCCUGAUGCAGAUGCUAGAUGCAUCAGGGGCUUCCCACAUUUUUUUGGACUACCUUUUGUCAUCACUUACAGAUUUUGCUCUUCUCCUGGUACUAUUUAAUUGGUGUUAGGGAUAUCUAUUUGUACAGGCGGUAAAUGAUCUGAACCAAACCUGAGCUGUGCUUAAUUGAUCUAGUUAUCUUACUUUCAACA